CCAUGUCUUCCCCAUCCUGUGCCGGUCUACUCAGCUAACCCUGCAACAGGCUUGUCGGUCGGCUGUCUCCCCGGGGCAUCCUGUCCCCCCAUUGCACAGAACCUUCGCUCGCCAACGCCUUUGCUGCCACCCGCCUCUCCAUUUCCAUUCACCUUCUGCCCUCCUAUUCAUUCUCUUCAACUUCCUUCACCGCCUCCAACCUUAGCCUCGGCCCCCUGUGUGCCCAUGCAUCUCUCUGCCUAUCUUCAGACUCCUACUUGUCUUAGCCCAGGCCAUCUAGCUGGUGCACCCACUAUCUCCCUUCCUUCGGCACCAUUGUUUGCGUCAGAUCAGCCCAAUAACAUCAGUCACGGCCCCUUAGAAACUGGUCCGUUAUAUGCCGGAGAUCAAAUUUUAAAUUGGGAAUAUCCUACCACGUUUAGCUAG